AUGUUAUCCACUGUCGCCUUGAUCCUUUUUGCCGAGCUAUCCCAUGCCUUCAACUGCUCUACACCUCCCAUUUAUGUCGACAUGCACAAGCGCGCAGUACAUGGCACCAAUGUCUUCCAGUAUGGUUCGUUCAUAGGCUUCGGCAGUCCUGCGCAAAACCAGAGUCUCUUUCCUUCACUACGCCAGAACGAGACCUCAGUCGCUCAUGCAGACUUUUGUGAUGGCAGCUCGUUGCCAAAUUGUCUCGAUGCGACGCGCGGCAACUUUAAUCCUUCAGAGUCACGAACAUGGAAUCAGCAGGAUACCUACGUCUCGACGGACAGAGCAUCUGUAUCCAACGAGAGCAUCCAUGGCCAAGAUGACAUUCACAUUUACACGCACUUCUUCGAGACGGAGCCAGCAUUCCAAACUCUGCUCCAUAAUUUCCCCGUCGAAGUGGCCACCAAUGGCAGCGUUAGCCCUGGCAUCGUUGGUCUAGGGCAGGAUUCCACUCUUCUGCAGGAGCUGUUCGAGAACGGUUUCAUUGCGGGCCGCACGUACUCCCUCUAUGUCGGGUCAGGUACCGACAGGGCUGGCGGCAAGAUUAACGGCAGUAACGUCCUUGGCGGAUACGACGCCGGACGGUUUACGGGUGGUGUUCAUACAUACGGCAUACGGGCUUCUGAAGAGGAACCACUGAACGUUAGAGUCACCGACAUCAUCUUGGACGAACCUUCCGGGUCCAUGCGAAACGUCUCGCUGUUCGAUCCGCAGGAGUUUCCAGACAACCAAGCCAAGCCUCUUGCAUUCGACGCAAAGAUUACUACGGACCAAUAUCCUAUGUCCUUGCCUUACCAACUGACGCAAAACUACAUCUCCCGUCUUGCAGCCAAGCCAUCAGGCAACCCAGACGGCUCGCUCGCCCUCAGCAAACCAUUCAACGGCACCAUGACCUUCGUGCUCUCUGAUGGCUUUUCCGUCACUAUUCCAAGCGAAAUCAUGUACAAUAGUUCUGGCAUCUCGCCCGUCGCCGAGCGGGACGAGGACUCCAACGCACCUUUCUAUCUUGGCCUGUCGUGGUUGAGCCAGGUGUACCUCAUGAUCGAUUACGAUGCAUACCAGUUCCACCUCGCGCAAGCCGUAGCAGAAAACAAGGCUGUCAUGCCGAAGACAUGGUGUCCGAAAACUAUUCCCGCACCAUAUGUGAAGCCAAAGCAAUCAACUUUCGGGAGAGAAGGCCUGAUCGGGGCAGUCAUUGGAGGUGUGAUUGGUGGACUUGCGCUUGUAGCAUUAACGGCAACUAUGUUUGUGUGGUGGAGGAGACGACGAGCGUCAGAGAAGCUGAUGAAGCAGAUUGAGGCGAGCCAUGGGAAGGCGAAGAUGCUGGAAGCAGGAUUUGAGAUGGAGAAAUUUGAUGCGCCCCCAACGAAGGAGGCCAGUAGCAGGACAUCGAUUUGGCGUCGGUAG